AGGAGUUGUCAGCGGAACAGCAGCAGCAGCAAGCAUCAUCGGAGCCGAAUGGAGUAAUCACGAAGCUAUUAUUCCAGACAGCGUCUCUGUUACCAUUUAGAAACACUGUUUACACCGUUCAAACUUCGACACCAUGGCAGACGACCAGUCCUCUCAAUCCUGGUCCAUCGACAGGGAUGACUACGAACUCAAUGAGGUGAUAGGGAGCGGAGCCACUGCAGUUGUCCAGGCAGCAUACUGCAAGCCAAGAAAGGAGAAGGUGGCCAUCAAACGCAUCAACCUGGAAAAGUGUCAAACUAGCAUGGAUGAGCUGCUGAAAGAGAUCCAGGCUAUGAGUCAGUGCCACCACCCGAACAUCGUGUCUUAUUAUACCUCCUUUGUAGUGAAGGAUGAACUGUGGCUGGUCAUGAAGCUGCUCAGUGGUGGCUCAGUGCUGGACAUCAUCAAACAUAUCAUCUCCCGUGGCGAGCACAAGACGGGCGUGUUGGAUGAGGCUAGCAUCGCCACCAUCCUGAAAGAAGUCUUAGAGGGGCUGGAGUACCUUCACAAAAAUGGGCAGAUUCAUCGGGAUCUGAAAGCUGGAAAUAUUCUCCUCGGGGACGACGGCUCGGUGCAAAUUGCUGACUUUGGUGUGAGUGCCUUUCUAGCAGCAGGAGGAGACAUGACUAGGAACAAGGUUCGGAAGACGUUUGUGGGGACGCCAUGCUGGAUGGCGCCAGAGGUCAUGGAGCAGGUCCGCGGAUAUGACUUCAAAGCCGACAUCUGGAGUUUCGGGAUAACAGCCAUUGAACUGGCCACUGGGGCUGCACCAUAUCACAAAUACCCACCGAUGAAGGUGCUGAUGCUGACUUUGCAGAACGACCCUCCCUGUCUGGAGACGGGCAUCACGGACAAGGAGAUGGUGAAGAAGUACGGAAAGUCCUUCAGGAAGAUGCUCUCUCUGUGUUUACAGAAAGAUCCAGAAAAAAGGCCAACUGCUGCUGAGUUGCUGAAGCAUAAAUUCUUCACAAAAGCCAAAAACAACGAGUAUUUGCAGGAGAGGCUUCUACAAAAGGGUCCAACAAUAACGGAGCGAUCCAAAAAGGUACGUCGUGUGCCCGGCUCGAGCGGUCGUCUCCACAAGACAGAGGACGGCGGUUGGGAGUGGAGCGACGAUGAGCUGGACGAGGAGAGUGAGGAGGGCAAAGCUGCAGUCUUAGCUCUGCGGUCCCCCAGAGUGAAGGACGGGUCCCAGAAUAUGGAGCUUUUCCCACCAGCAGAUGGCUCCACACAACAUCUGCAGCCACCUGCUGCUGCACAGGAGAGCCCUGCGAACGUGGGCCAGACAGGAGAGGAAGCUCCACCGCAGGCUCCUGCUCAAACAGCGAGCCCCUUACAUGUACCCACUGCUCAGGAUCCAGCUGCAGCCAAUGCCAGUGUUCCCAUCAGCCUCGUCCUGAGACUGAGGAAUCCCAAGAAGGAACUCAAUGACAUCCGAUUUGAGUUCAUGUCCGGCAGAGAUUCUGCUGAUGGAGUUUCUCAGGAGUUGGUCUCAGCAGGUCUGGUCGACGGCAGGGACUUAGUCAUUGUUGCUGCCAAUUUGCAAAAGAUUGUUGAUGAUCCUCAUAAUAACAAAAAUGUGACCUUUAAAUUGGCAUCUGGCGUGGAGGAGUCUGAAAUUCCUGACGAUGUUAAACUCAUCGGAUUUGCGCAGCUCAGCAUCAGCUAAGUCCAGCAGAGCCAUCAGCAGAGGACAGAAACUAAUGGUAUUGCACAGCUGCAUUGUAGUCAAUUCCAAGAAACCACUACUGCCAAAGAGAGGAGGAGGAAGAUUAUGAGGAGGAGGAGGAUGAGGAGGGGACAGGAAGCUGGCAGGAGUGUGACACUACUGCAGGAUGCAUGAGGACCACAUUGAGAGGGGGCUCAGUUCAUUACAGGAAUCACACUUGAAACGUUUACAGUGCGCUUAUACAGUAAAUGGGAGAAGUGAUGCAAUCAA